GUUGAAAAGAAGGGAAAAAUGCGUAGACCGAUCUGAUCUAAAGUUAUUGCAUAUUUGAUGGCCAAAACACCGGGAAUUGCUCCAAAAGCAUUGCCGAUUAAUAGGUAAAAUGGAACAGGAGUUUGAAUUCAUCGAGUGAAGACCCACAGAUCAAACCACUGACAAAGCUAAGCUAAUUCAUUGCGCCAAAUCAGUAGACUCUACUGCGGAUUCCAGAAGGAUCACUUGAUUUAGGGUUAUGUUUCUCUUUUUCAAUCCAUGUCUUCCGCCGUCACUUUGUAUUUCUCGCUUGGAUUCAUUCCGUUUCUGCCUGAGUUUGGUAUUCAUGGAUGAUCAGUACUCGUUAUCUUGGGGAAACUUUUAACUAGAAACAUGGAGGACAACGGGCUUGAGCUUAGCUUGGGUCUGUCUUGUGGGGGAUCAUCGGUCAAGUCUAAAGGAAAAAAUGCCUGCUCUUCUGAUGUUGGAACAGAGGAAAGUGAUAGAGGCAGUAAAAUUAUUGAUGAUUUCAAGAAUUUCCUUCAAGGUGGUAAUCAGAGACUAGAUAUGGGCCCAGUUAUCAUGAGAAAUGACUCAUAAAGCUUAAAGACAAUCUUUUUAAUGACCUUUCCCGAGCUAAUACAGAUGGAGAUAAUUCCCUGAACUUGAAGGCCACUGGGAUCUGGCGAAUGAAAAAGAACCCUGUAGACAUUCAGGAAGAAAAACAGCCAGAGGUGAGUAAUAAGCGAAAGAUGUUUUUUGAGGAGAUAAACUGCCAAAAGAAACAUGAAGGAGAUUCCAGUCAGAAUAAUUUUGAUGACAAGGUAAAAGCAUCACAUAAUUCCACAACCGAGGAUGGUUCUGUUGCCGAAAAUGAGGAUGUUGGGGAGUCUGAACUUGAGGGUUCUACGUCAAGGCCAGUUUCACAAAAUGAUGGAUGUGCUGAGUUAAGUACUACGGACCUGAGUGGGCAUAAAAAGGUUAACAGUUCAUCAGGUAGUGAUAUCGAGCUUCAAAACUUGAACAGAAGCGUUCCGUUCUCUAUUCAAACUACAAGUUUGCAGAAUGGUAUUUCUCCUCCAAUAGUCAAAGAUUCUCACGAUGCUGGUGCAUCCAGUUCAACUGGCCAUUCCCUACACAGCAUAAGGCAAGCAUUCCUCACUGGAAAUGGUGAGCAAUGUGGAUUCCAGCCUAUGAAUCCUGGAAACUUGCCUUUGAUGUUUGGCUAUUCUUCUAGCCAGCUUCCAACUUUAAAUAAAGAUAAUUCCCGGGGUUUGAUUUCCCAACCACAGUUGCAUAGUACUUGUAGCAAAAGUCAACCGUCUUCAGGAAUUCUUCCUACUUUAGCUGAGGUUACUCAAUAUGAUCCCAGGACGUCAGAACAAGAGAAAGUUGAUAAUAAUAGCAGACAGCCAACUGUCGAAGAAGGGUCCUCUUCUCAAGCAGGGGCCAAAGGAAGCAGCAUUAGCCUUGGGGCGAAAGAUUCAUCUGAACGACCAGGCAGAGGUUUGUUCAAUGAAAUUUCUGAUAUAAAGCCAGGUCUUGCCGCUGAUGUCAAGUUUGGGGGAUCUGGUUCUUUCCCUAAUCUACCUUGGGUAUCUACCACGGGUACCGGUCCAAAUGGUCGAACCAUUUCUGGUGUUACCUACAGAUACAAUACAGACCAGAUCAAGAUUGUCUGUGCUUGUCAUGGUACCCACAUGUCUCCAGAGGACUUCAUUCGACAUGCUAGUGAAGAGCGUGUCAGUUUGGAAAAUGAUGCUGGUUUGGCUCCAUUUUCAAGUAACAAUCCUUCAACCUCUACACAAAGUUGACUCAGCAUCUAUGUUUGCAUAGUUAGGAAUUCUGCUGUGGAUUGAAUUCAACCUCUACUCAAAGUUUGAACCUCUAUGUUUUUUGUUUGAAUAGUUAGGAAUUCUGUUGUGGAUUGAAUUCAACCACUACACAAAGUUUGACUCAUAACCUCUAUGUUUUUUGUUUGAAUAGUUAGGAAUUCUCAUGUGGAUUGAAUUAAACAACAUUCCUUGUAUUAUCCCCUUCCAAAAGAAUCACUUUUCUCAUCAUUUUAUUUGUUCAAAAGUGGGGAAGUUUUGUUUUAACUGAUUCAACUGAGUUUUGUACAAGGUUUGAGAAUGGGAGUAACAUUCAAUGAAGUUUUCAUCAGAAUACCUGUUUGGCUUGGAA